AUGUUCAACAAGAUUGUUAAAAGUGAAGCGGAACGCGUGUCAGCUGCGGACCUGCAGAAGGCAUUAAAACAACUCAAGGGAUGGACUCAUGAUAACUCUAGGCUGGUAAGAGAAGUGGCAUUCAAGGACUAUCAGUUAACUUGGGCGUUUCUGACGCAGGUGGCUAUGAGAUCACACUUAUGGGGACAUCAUCCAUUGAUAACAACGAGCUACACCUCGGUGAGGCUGGAGUUGCAGACACACGACCUCGAGAUGUCGCCAGGGGUGAGUAAUAUAGAUGUUAAACUUGCAAAACAAAUAGAAAAAUAUAUAAGCCAGCAUCAAUGA